GGAUCCUGGAGUCGAUCAUGCCCUUCCCUCCCCGUUGAAUGAAUCUUCUGAACAUUAUUAAAAAGGCGCUGUCCGAUGCCUUUCCUUCCCUCCAACCACAGCAGAACCCCGAGCGGCGACUUAAUGUAGACGGGGAGAGAUCCAAAAGAUAAGCUACUAGAAGUUUCUGCCGGAUAGUAUAACUAUAGGCGAUAGGGAAAUGAAGAAAGAAAGGAAGGCGGAAAGAAAGAAGAAAGGCAAGGGAUAUAAAUAAAUGAACAAAUAAACAACAUGGGGAAAGCAAAAGCGAGAAGGAGUGAGUGUAUGUAGUAGUAGUAGCAAUCUAUUUAUAUACCCACCGCGACAACGACACGCCAGAAGUCGUGGAUAUUUUUUAUUUGUUCCUUUUCCCCCCACAAAGCACGGAUUGUUGAUGAUUGUCUUUUUCUUCUUCUUCUUCUUCUUCUUCUUCUUCUUCCUCUUUGGCUUCCUAUUUUAACUUCUUUCUCCCCCCCCAUCUGUCCAUUCUGUUUACCGUUGGUCAUCAUCAUCAUCCCCACCAAAAGAGCCCACCAGCAACCUAUGAACGAUUAACUUUCCCUCACAAGCCAUCCCCAAUAAAAAUAACCUCUCCAUCAUCACUUUACAAACCCUAUAUACCACCUACUUUAUUCUCCUCUCCCUCGCUUCAACCAAAAAUCUUGCCAAGCCCCCCGUGACGAGGAGUUCUGCGGCCGCGGGUUGAUCUGGGACCGGGAGAAUCGAUAAUCCGACCCGGCCGCCCAGCCAUUGCGCACUGUGUGCCGCCCGCCUAUCACCACUACCUCCACGCCCUCUGCCACGCUCAUCGCACCUCCUUAACCACCGUCUGGCCUUCCUCCCACCGCUUAUCUCCACUGCCUCCACCACGCCAAACCGCCCUUCUCCUCCUCCACCAACCUUCGACACACCCAACCUCGCUCCCUCUCCAUCACCACCGCCAUCGCCAUCGCCAUCGCCAUCGCCAUCGCCAUCGCCAUCGCCAUCGCCAGUCUCCCUCCCCCUCAGCUACCUACCCGCCCGCUGCUGGAGCUGGAAAUAGAAAAUACCAUCGCGGAUGUGACUCGCAGUACGCGGGGUCCGCUGCUUCUCUGGUCGUCCGUCCGUCUGUCUGUCUGACUGACUGCUACUGUUCUAGCAAGUAGGGCUUCUUUUUGACUUCUGACUUCUUUUCGCCUUCCCUCCCUCUCCGCCCACAGCGCCAGGAAGAUCUCCCUCUUCCCGCUUUCCCUCGCCUCUGCCAGCCAUAUCCACGUCUUCUCCACCCCCCACAAACUUUCUCCUGCCGUCUACUCUUCUUCUCACCUCCUCCUCUCCUCCUCCGCCUGCUUCAUCUCCUCACACCACGCUCCUCUUUCUUUGUCCAGGCUUUUCGCCCCGGGAGGCUCAAACUAGACCUUAGACUACGCUCCCGACAUACACACCACUCUUAUUCCCUUGCUCCCUCCCUCUAUCCUCCCAGGGUUCUCCUCCUUAUCUCCAGCCCUGCCUGCCGUAAAGCGCACGCAGACCAACCGCAACCGCGCCGCUGCCCUUCACUGUCUUCCAACCUCACCAACCCUCUCGCGCAAAAGUCGGUCGUGCACUGUAAUAAUAUCCCGUCUUAGCUAUUCCGUUGACUAUACCAGGACUCAAAAGUCAUCGCAUUUUGCCAUACCCGUUGCUUCUCUUUCGCUUUCUUUUCCUUUCCCCCCCUGGACUCCCCACCCAACCAACGCUUUGGAAUUGAUGCUCCAAAUCUGAAAAGGAACGCCUCUCUGAAAUCGCGUCGUCGCAUCCAACCCCAUUCGUUCGUGGUGAUCAUCGUGCAAUUCACCUCUACAGUCUAGUUUAACAGUUCUGAAAUAUUUUCGUACAAAAUUCUUCGCUGUCGUCUCCGAAAGCGUCUUUGUUCGCUCAGUCGAUCCUUCUCUAUCCUCCACAUUACGACACACCGACUGGUGCUGCUACUACUAUUACUCUCUCCGAUCGCCCUACUUAUUUUCCUCAAAUCCCGUGCCUUUUUCAUCGUCUCUUCUCCUAUUACUCACAGUCCCUGUUUUGGGGAGCGCUACCAAACAAAGACGUCGAUUGGGAGAGGUUUUACCUCACGCUCUGGACAAGAGUGCCAAGUUGGCUGGCCUAACUCGCUCCAACUAUGAAUCAGAUGAACGUCGCUGGGAUGAACCCGGGAGCAGGCGGUCCCGUCGGUGGCAUCCCCAUGAUGAACAACGGCUCGUCAGCCCCGCGCAGUGAUCCCAACGGCCAGAGUCUUCAGGGAGACAAUAUUGUGCAAUUAAACACCUAUAUCUACGACUAUUUCCUCAAACGCGGUUAUCAUGAUUGUGCAAGAGCCCUAAUACAAGAUGAAUCGUUUACCAUGAGCACUUCUCCCGCCUCCAAGUUGACUCCAUCACACCGCCGCGAUGGAGAAAUGAAUGGCGUUGACGGUGAUGCAAUGGCCACGGAGUCCAAGGACGAUGUGAAUAAACAAAGAAUACCUGACGACCUUCCACGACCAAAUAUACCUCCAGGCCCUGGUGGAGACUUACAACAAACCCCUUUUCUCCUCGACUGGUUUAACCUUUUCUGGGAUAUUUUUUUGGCCCAACGGAAACGAAGUAAAAACCCGGACGCGAUGCAUUAUGUCCAACAGACCCAGCAAUUGCUGCGCAUGCAAAACCAGCAAAUGUUGCGCCAGUCGCAAAUGAUGCCUGCGCAAUAUAACAUGCGCACAGCCCGUACUGGCAUGAUUCCUGCCAAUAUUCAAAAGACCAUGAUGCAGAACCCAAAUAUGACGCCCCAACACAUGGCGCAGCUGCAGAAAAAUCAACAAAUGCUGCAUCAUCAGAUGCAACGUGAACCUUCUGAGAUGGAAAUGAACGGCCAUAGACCUCAAUCGCCGUCGUCUGCCGAAAACGCUCCAUCACCUUCGAAGCGUCCUCGUUUAGACGGCUCGCAGGUAAAUGGAAUGCAGAUGGCACCAAAUGGGCGUGGGCAGGGCCAAAUGCCUGGCCGUCCAGCCCACCAGGCCAACGCGAUGUUGAUGCAGCACGGGAUCAACCCGAACAACUUGACUCCUGCACAGUUCAGUUCGUUCCAGGCGCAAAAUCCUUCUGUACAAGCAAAAUCUCUCCAGGUAUAUAAUCAAAGCAUGGCUCUACAUAACAAUCGCUCAGCAAUGAACAACCAGGGUAUGCCGAAUGGCUUAAUGAAUCCCGGAGUCAUGCCAAACCAAGGUGACACCAUGCCCAUGCAUGAUGGUCAGCUCUUGCCAAUGCAAGAAUAUUAUGGCGCAAACGGCCAAAUGGCGCAAGUUCCGCGACCACAAAUGCAAACGCCUGGCUCCGGGAAUCAUGCCCUCCAAGAUUAUCAAAUGCAGCUGAUGCUUCUGGAGCAGCAGAAUAAACGUCGCCUGCUCAUGGCUCGUCAGGAGCAAGACAGCAUUACCCGAGGCGAUGGUCAACCAGGCAUGCCUGGGCAGCCUAACCUACCUCCCGGCACAUCCCCGCAGGGCAGUCGGGCCGGCGCAUCCCCGAACCCGAAUGAUCAGAUGAAGAGAGGCACCCCGAAGAUGCCUCAGUCUGGUCUACCUGGCUCUCCUUCUGUUGGUGAUGCGAUGGCCCAGGGUCGCAGCUCUCCUGCGUCAAUGAACUUUGGUGGCCAGAUGCCGCAAGAAAUGGGCGGGGCAUUUUUCAUGAACAAGAAUAUGCCAGAAGGUGUCGUUCAGAAUGGAAUGAGACCGCCAAGUUCGAACCCGGCAUUCAGCGGCCCUCAAAUGGCCCAACCUAUGGAUGCCAUGUCGCGACCGCAAGGGCCUGGCGCUGCUGGCAAUCGAAUGCCAAGCGGCAACUGGCAGGGCCAAGGACCCCAAGGGCAACCCAUGAUCCAACAGCAGCAAGUGGGUCAGCCGCCCCAGCCUGCGGGAACCCCACAAGAGCGCAACGCUAUGCCACCUCCUCAAGCGCCCCCAGCCGGCGUCGCUGGUGCAGGCCGGGCACAACCUUCCUCUCCCCAAUCUGGGGCGGCUCCUCCAACUCCACAGCAGUCCAAUAAGCCAGCUCCCAAGGGGAAGAAGGAACCAAAGGAAAAUCCAAGAAAGCGGCCUCCAAAGAAACCGUCUACAGCCAACGCGUCGAAUACCGCCGCGACUCCAUCGUCGGAAGCCGAACCACCCCCAACUCCCACGCCACCUACUCCUAUCACCCCUGUCCAUCCGAACUCAUUCAACAAGAACACGACGAACCCAACUACAAACGCUCCCCAACCCACCUCCGCACCCGCUGCGCAAAAUCUUAUUCAACAACAACAAGAUCCUAACCAGACAUUCGACAUGAAUCUUUCAGAUACCAACAAUUACAACCUCGACUUCACCGCUUUGGACAAUCCGGAUAUCCUAGAGAACUUCGACUUUGACUCGUUCCUAAACACAGAUGAUCCGAAUGGAUUCGGUUUCGACCCGAAUAUCCCAUACCCGGCCGAUGGUGUUGGAGCGGGUGCGGAGAAUGGCUGUAAACUUCUCUUUCUUUCUUCUCUCUCUAUUUCUUCUCUCUAGGCUGGGGUGCGGUUCUUUUUGAUUGAUGACUGAUGACUAAAUUUUUCUUUAUUAUUUUCCGCUUAAUUUUCUUCUAAUCCUUGGGUUAUUCCUCUGGUUACCUUACUCUUUCCGUUCUGGCUUCUGCAAUUUUUUUCUCCAUUUUUUUUUACCCAUCAUUUAAUCAUUCUCCUUCUCUUAUUGUUCAUGUAUGUGUGUGCUUGUGUUGUUGUGUAUGUUCGUCUGUGUGACUUCUCUUCCUUAUACUUCGUUACAUUUCCUUUCUGUUUUUGUUAUAUCUUUAAAAGAGAACGAGUUGGAAACCUAUACUACCUACAACAAGAACUACUGCAGCUGCAGCUACUACAAGUAAAACGAGGAGAGAAAAGAGGCAAGCAAAAACCCCCGGCGAUUCUCGAUCCUUCUUUUUUUUCUUUUUUUCUUUUUUCUUUUUUUCUUUUAACUUCUUUGAUGGUUGAAAUGUGGAAAAAGAAUCUUGAUUUCCCCCUCCCUGCAUUAGUAUUAUCACCCCAUGUUCUGCUUUUUUUAAUGGCUUUGUUUUUGGAUUCUUUUUUCUACGUGUGUUCUCAACAAAUUCAUACCCUGGAUUUUUGCAAUUCCUUUUCCUUUUCCUAUCGUUUUAAUUCCAUUAUUAUCUUUUGUCUUUCCUGUUUGACUCGUUCCUUUUCAUGUCUUAAUUGUGUCAUGCUAUACUCUUUCCUUAUUUUUCCUACUUUCUUUUUUUUUCCGUUUUCUUCCAUAAUUUAAAUCAUCUGUUUAAUCAUAUCUCUCUCUCUCUCAUACUUGGUUUUAAAAUAAUUUCUUCUCUUGUCUUGGAUUCUUGCUCUUCUUCUAUUACUUUGCUACUUACUCCUGAGGACCGCUUCUCUUAUUUUGCCUCCAUUCACAUAACUAUCUUCACUUUAACAAACUCCACUUUUCGUCUCCUACUUCUUUUUUUUUAAUGAAACUUUUUUUCAUCAUUGUUACUGAUAUUAUUACAAGCCAUACCAUAAGAACCUUGCUUUUGACAUUCCCCCCUCAUUCUGUCUCUACCUUUUAAAAUUAUGUUCUUAUAACAAGUGCAUUGCCUGUUUUACUAUUAUCAUGAUCAUUACAUUGUACAUCUACUUUGAAAAAUGUACGUGAUCAAACUCAGACUCCAUCUCAAUCAAACUGUUUCCAUUAUUAUUUUCUUGCUCUCUCUCUUUCUCUCUGUCUGUCUCUCUCAUUUAUACCUCUCUCCUCCUUUCCUCCUUCCGUUUACCAAGUCGCCCGCCCGCCACUUUCCACGCCGGCGUUAUGUCAUUUGUAAACCGCCGAUCCCCUGAAAUAUCAUCCAUCUCAGUUUUACUCUGCUCGAUCAUUAUUCUCAUUCUUUUUGCUUCUGUAUUGUUAUUAGUACUAUAAGAACUCACGCAAAGAGUGAUUAUCCAAAGAAAAAAAAAAAAAAAAAAAAAAAAAAAAAACUCGUAGGACAGAAACUAGUCGAAAAAGCCCUGAAGGGAAAGAUAGAAGGGGUCAGUCAUUCACUCAUUCUCUCGUAAAAAAGCAAGUCCCUUCCAAGCGCUCCUAGCCCCCCUCCCCAUCCUCACCUAACCUCGCCCGUCCACAUAAUCCCACCCUCCUCCUCAUCCUCCUCCUUGAUUUUCACAGACCCUUCCAACUCCAAGGGAAUGAAAUCACACCUAGCAUCCGAACCAAACCGAUCAACCGCAGCACCACCCUUUCCAAAAUCCACAUUAACCCCCAAAUCUAACAUACCUGCAGCAGCUGAAGCAGCCAUUCCCUCCCACCUGCUAAUAUUUUCCCCAACCUUCUACCCCGGAUCCUCCUGCUCCCAAUCCUCAUCCUCCCUAACCAUCCUCAUCAGAUACCCAAGCACCUGCACAGCACACUUCUCCUUAGCCAUCUGCGUCGAUUCAACAUACUUGGUCCACCCAAUAUUACCAACCCGCGCAAGGAAUGGAUCAUUUGGGAACCGCGCCGCCGCGCUGAAAAGCAGAGCAGUCCCGUCCGCCUGUCCUUCCAACGGGGUUAUGUGAUAUUCUGGCAGUUCCAUGGAUAAAAGAAAGCAUAUCUCUAUUGCAAAAAAAGAAAAUUGUGCGUGAGGGGGUGACAGCUACCGGAGAACACCCCGUCAGGGACGAUCCGGCGGCAGACACAUCGUAAAGCAAAAAGUCAGUAGACGGGCUAAAGGCUGUAAUGGGGUUUGGAAGGGUUUACUUUCAACACGCUCGCACGGAUUCGAAUAUUUCUUCGUCAUCAACUCAAGGUCUCCAGGCCAUAUUUUGUGGCUUUUCGUCUCAGAUGACGGGAGUACUACGGUUGGCAACCGCCGACUCGUCGUAGGAAUCGGCAACAAGUUGGCGUUCUUUCCGUUAUCCUUCUUCUUGCCCUUUCUAGCCAUCUUACCCACUUGCUUUGUUGGCCCAGGUGGCAGCAGAACAGCCCUGGGCGCAGUAGGCACACCUGGGUCGCCAGAUAACAGUCGGUUUCUGCCCACAUGUCGUUUCCGCAUAGCCUGGGUAAUCUGUUUUGUCAUGUUAGCUAUGGAAUCGGAUGGAAACCUCCCGCUGCGAAAAAUAGAAUAGUGUGGUUCUUCCCUGUGAUUGAAGUGAUGGUUUCUGAACAUGUGUAGUAAUAGUUCCACCCUGAAGCUGUUCGCAAGUAAACCACCUGCAAGACCAACCCCUUGAAACAAUGGCAUAAUCUCGGGGCCGGUGAUUAAAAGACAAUAAAGAGCUGCAUGAGCAGAAGCAUGUAUAGCCUCAGUUGCAGUUUUAUAGAACUUAUUGGCCCCGAAGCAAGAUACCCCUCCAACCUCUACUUCAUACCAGAACCCUUCCUCGUGCGCAUAUUUCGUAUAAAUAGGACGGUCCAGUUUGUUCUGUUGGCAAUAUUCUAUGUCAGGGACAUAACGCAGUUAGUUUCCAUGCUGCGUAUCAGAGUGGAGGUAACAUUUUCCAGAAGAAAGGGACCAAAUAUUAUGACGAUUAUUAUUAUACCCUGAAGCAAAGCCGUCCAAAUCCAUACCCCAAGCGUCACCUUUGGGCCCGGAAGCUCAGGCAAAAUCCAACCGGAAUACUUCUCCUUCAAGCUCUCCAGAGCAUCACGGCACGUCUCAGCCUUAGCAACAAAUUUAUCCUCAGAAGCCUCAUCCUUCGAAGCCGCCGUCGCUGUGUCCCAGUACAUGAGGAAUGCUCUCCAAUUUCCCCCAGCAAUUCUCUCAUAGCUGAAAUGCGGGAGCAGGCUGGCCACGACGGAUAGAACACCAAAAGUAAAAGACAGCCGCGUUGAGAUCAAUAAAGUCAACAUCCAAGUCCCCAAAUUUUAGGUUCUGAGGCUGGGGCUCCUCGACAGCUGCUGCCGCAGCGGCAGCCAGCACGUCAUCAGCAAGGUCAGAUUCCAGCCUUCCCCUGGAUUCAGAGUCAUUAUGGCGGCCGCCAUCAACGCUGCUGCUCCCGGACAUCCCAGGAACGGCGUUGUGGUCUUGGGAUGUCUGAGAUUGGGGGCAAGUGCACCCCGAUAGCAUAUGUGUUGGACGAGCUAUUAUCCCUGCACAUCCUUCUAUGUUUCCAAAGGAGCUGAUCACGUCAGCCGGGGAAUAUGUCUGCAUCGAGGCCAGCCCAGGAAACCCAGUACUGCUGGCCUUGGGAAAUGUAGGACUAGGUGCAAAGCUAGCAAACCCAACCUCUGCCAGGGGCGAAUGGGUUGUAGGUCCGACAUUUUCCUGGCAAGCAACCCAGCCAACAAUCCCCAAGGGCUGUGGUGGUAGGGGGGGAGGAGGUGCUGACCCUCGUGAGCUAUCGCGGGGGAUAACACACUCGAGUGCCGGGUUGUGCGGCAUCGAGGUCGAGGUCGCGGUAUGAGGUUUUGAGGUAUUGUUCAUUUGGCAGGAUAGGACGCAAGGUUUAGCCGGGACAAGCCUUGGG